CGCCUGUGCAGUGCGGUGCAUGGCACUGACCUCCACUGGCGGCUCUCAAGUGGGCCGAGGCCACGCUGGUCCUGGCAGGCCCCUUCAGCCUUCGGUGGUUUCUCCCAGUGACGCGUUCAAAUGAUGAUUUUUCUACGUUUAAAGUUGUGAUCCCGCUUCACAUUUUUGUGAGGGUGAGGGUGCCCCGAAGCCCCCACAUGACCGCAAGCUUGAUAUCGCUGUCGUGUGGUGAGGAUACGUCCAAAACAAACAUUUGGAUUCUUUUAGGUCCGAGAAGGGAGAUAACAGUUGAGGUAUUUUCAAGCGAUGGGGCUCGUUGCCCGGGGGAGUCAUGACGCUCGAGGACCGCCGCAUGCAAAUUGCAUGUGAGAGAAACAAACAUUGCUUUCAUACCGGACUCGGCAGCUCUUCGGAGAACAAUCGAGCCCACAUUUAGAUGGCAUCAAAAGCAGCAGGAAUGCGAGUUGGCCCGCUUGGGAGUUGUUAUCGUAUGCGUCGCUGGCAAUCGCACUUACUCGAAUUGGAAACCGCAUGAGUUCUCGCGCCCAAGCUCGCCUCCGUGAAACGAUUUCAAAUUGCUUCCCGUUGCCGCCCGUUGUCUUCGGACCGGUCCGUUCGUACGCGGUCUUCGCGCAUUGCGGCUGACGGGCAAACAUUCGAGGGCGACUCCGGUGAGAGACGAACAACGAAGAGCAGAGACGGAGGUGGAGGUGGUCGUACGGCCCCCGUUCAUUAUUCAUGAGCUGGGGCAGAAGCGCCGUGUCGUCGGCGGCGGCAGUGACGGACACGACCUCGGUCGCUGGGGUGCGACGCUGCUGCGAUUUGGCGCAGUACACAAAGAAGAGUUCUUGAAUUAUGACCACUUGGAUAGGGAGGAGACUCGCAUGAGGAAGUAAUCGUCACUGAUGUCUUUGGAUUCAGAGUUUGCGACGAGCCGAGUAAAGAUGGGCACGUCGCUCCGUCCGGCACUGUUGAUGCUCUUCUGGCAAAGCGUUUGGGCUUUGGACGUCCCUCCGGAAAUCCGACAACCGCCGAGCAUCCUAAAGCAGUCAAUGAAGGAGCAUAUUGUUGACCCCAAAGACGUCAUGGUCAUCGAGUGCGAGGCCAAGGGAAACCCGCAUCCAAUUUUCUCAUGGAGGCGCAACGGGAAGUAUUUCAACGUGGCACGGGACCCGCAGACAACCAUGCGCAGGCGCUCGGGGACGCUGGACAUCGCCGCCUGGAACAAUCCAGAACAGUACGAGGCAGAGUAUCAGUGCAUCGCCUCCAAUGAGUACGGCUCGGCGUACUCUCAUCGGAUCAGACUCCAACUCUACAGGGCUCCCGUGUGGCCGAGGGAGAUCGUGGAACCGGUGGUGAUUAGCGCUGGUUCACCUUUGGUCCUGUCCUGUGACCCUCCGGCAGGGCCACCUAAACCGGAAACCUACUGGAUGUCUAGCUGCUCCUACGCCAGACCCUUCAACUGGCCGAUUCAAACGGCGUUCCCCACCAUGCACGCCGUGCGGCAGGACCGUCGGGUGUCCAUGGGGGUCAACGGGGACCUGUACUUCUCCAACGUCCUACUCGACGACUCUGCCUCGGACUUCUGCUGUAGCGCCCGCUUCCCCUACAAGAAUGCAAUCCAGCAAAAGAUGCCGGUAGUCGUCAAGGUUCUCACGACCCAGGCCGUGGUGGAGGCUGCCCCCACCUGGCUGUCUCCAACCGGAUCGUCCAGUUCUGUUCUGGUCCUGCUGGGGGAGGAACUACUGCUGGAGUGUAUUGCUGCAGGAGUGCCAACUCCUCAUAUUAGCUGGACAAAGGAUGGCGAAGACUUGGCACUGACCCCACGCAUUCAAAUCAAACGCUUCAACAAGAUGCUUGAAAUCCCGAAGGCAACUUUCCAGGACGCGGGCGAGUACGUCUGCACCGCGACCAACAAGAUCGGCUCCGUUCAGCACACGUUAAGCGUCACAGUCAAAGCGGCUCCGUUCUGGCUAGAAAAGCCUGAAAAUUUAGUUUUGGCUCCGGAGGAAAGCGGCCGCUUGCUGUGCCGCUCUGACGGCGCUCCUCGUCCCGCAAUCAGCUGGUUCGUCAACGGAGAACCAAUUGAGGCUGCCACGCCACAAGCCAACAGACACGUGUCGGGGGAUACGCUAACCCUCAGCGGCGUGACCGCCACGGACACGGCCGUCUACCAGUGCAACGCCUCAAAUCCGUUUGGCUACUUGUUGGCCAAUGCUUUUGUCAACGUUUUGCACGCCAGGGCCCGCAUUCUCGGGGUGAAGAAUGAACUCAUCAAGGUGGUGGAGGGCGGUCGCACCUUCUUGGACUGCCGCUACUUCGGCUCUCCGGUGCCCGACCUGCGAUGGUCCAAACACGGGCAGGGCAACCUGGAGGGAAAUCGUUUCCAGACGCACAGCAACGGCACGCUGGAGAUUCGGCGCACAAACGCGGAGGACCAGGGAAUUUACGUGUGUGCCGUCAGCAACGUGGCCGGUCGCGACGAGAGUCAAGUUCGUGUUGAGGUCAAAGAACCUACCCUGAUCACCAAAAGACCGCAGGAUACGAAAGUCAUCCGCGGAAGCGACGUGCGUCUGGAAUGCGGCGUGAAAGCCGACGUCACGACUCCCGUCACGACCGACUGGUUGAAAGACAAAAAACCGCUCACGUUAGGACGGAGAAUAUCCCUGGAUGAAUCGAAUUUGGUCAUCAGCAACGCAAACGGGCGCGACGCCGGCGUCUACACGUGCGUCAUCGAGAGUGAACUGGACCAAAAGACGGCAUCGGCGCGCCUCACGGUGAUGGAUUAUCCGGAUCCUCCCAGCAAACUGGAGCUGUCGGAUCCGUACGAGCGUACCGUCAGACUCACGUGGCUCCCUGGCGACAGCAACUUCAGCCCCAUUACAGAAUACUUGGUCCAAUAUGAUGAUGACGACUGGUUACCCGGAAAGUGGAAGAACUUGUCCACAUACCCCGGAAGCCUGACCUCUGUCGUUCUGCACCUUUCGCCGUUCACGUACUACGAGUUCCGAGUCAUCGCCAUCAACGAAAUUGGCCCGAGUCGCCCGAGUCGCCCGUCGAUGCGCUUCCAGACCAGCGGUGCACGUGGGUUUCAUGCUCCCCCGCUGGGGAGAGUUACACCCUCACCAUUUACAAUCGCUACCGGUUUUAUCGCUCCAGAUGUCAUCCCGAAGAAUGUAAAAGGAGUUGGAACCUGGACUAACAACAUGGAGAUCAGCUGGGAGCCUCUAACUUACAGAGAGUGGAACGGGCCUCACCUCAAGUAUCUGGUCUGGUGGCGAAGGAGAGAUUCCAGAGAGGAGUGGAAGAACGGCACCACCAAAUGGCUGAAAUAUUAUAUUUACGACGCGGAUACAUUUACUCCUUACGAGCUCAAGGUCCAGGCCGUGAACGACUUCGGUCUCGGUCCGGAGUCUCCCGUUGUCAUCGGUUACUCAGGGGAAGAUCGUCCCGUUAGUGCGCCCCAAAACCUGCGACUGUCAGACAUUCGGAGCACACGGGUGACUCUACACUGGGACCCGGUGGCGCAGAGCUCCAUCAUGGGACAACUCAAAGAAUACAAGGUCUACUUCUGGAGGGACAGCAGCCAGCUGAGGCGGCUGAGAGUCAACAGAGCGAUGAGGUCCCAAGUGUUUGCAGACGCCGGUCCCGAGCCUUCGGGGGUUCUCGCGGAGCUCGUCCCUUACAGCAACUACAAGAUGUACAUCGUGGUGGCCAACAGUCGAUACGAAGGGCCGGCCAGCAACAGUGUACACUUUUCGACACCCGAGGGAGUCCCGUCGGCUCCCACAUCCUUCAGGAUCCAGCAACGACACCUCGACAGCAUUUACGUGGACUGGGAGCUGCCGGCCGAACCCAACGGGAUUAUCAGCGGAUACUCCCUCAAGUACCAGACAGUGAACGCCACCAAGGGAGAGGAGCAGAGAGUGGAGGAGUUCCUCGCCAAUGUUACGAGUUUCUCACUGCGCCGAUACGACCGCUACACCCGAUACCGAUUCUCCGUAGCCGCUCGAACUCGAAUGGGUCUGGGGGAGUGGCAUACGGAGGAGUCGCCUCACUACACCACCGAGAUCUACGCCCAGGAUCAGGUGGACAUCUCCACUAAGGGCUGGUUCAUCGGGAUCAUGUGCGCUGUGGCCCUCAUCGUCCUCAUGCUCCUCGUCGUGUGUUUCAUUAAGAGAAGCCGAGGCGGCAAAUACCCAGUCCGGGAAAAGAAAGACAUUUCCUUAGAACCCACGGAUGACAUCGAUCAAGAGGGUUCCUUUGACUAUCGGUCUCUUGAAAGGAUAACACGCGUCACAACCUUGCCCUACCCGCGCUGGGAGGACGAAAGAAGCCCACCUUCUAAGGAAGAUCUUACCUCGAGAAGGUCAGAGAGUGACGACAGUCUGGUGGACUACGGGGACGGAGGAGACGUUCCGUACAGCGAGGACGGAUCCUUCAUCGGCCAGUACACGGCGCAGAGGAGAGACGUGAGGGACUUGGACUUUGGCGGGGGUCUGGAGCAUCACUCGCCAGCGAACGCCAUCUACUCGCUGGCUUGAGACUCUUCCUGAAAGGGAACUCGCGCGUGGACCGCCGGGACCAGCGGAAGUACGAGACGGUCCCGAAGCGGCUUUGACGGCUGGAUAGCUGGGAAAACCGUCAAAAUAGAAAUAAUGUGCAUAAUCGUGUGGAGACGUGAAAACCUGGAAUGGAAAGUGAUUCCCUUUAUCAUGUUGAUUAUGAUACACACACACACAUAUAUAUAUAUAUAUAUAUAUA